UUUACGUUUCUUUCACCUAUUUUUACCGAUUUUGUAUUUAUUUUCCUUCCAUAUUUAUUUAAUAAAUUUUACUUUCGCACACUUCGCACAUCAUUACAUUCUUUUAUUAUCAAUUUUUUAACAUGAUUAAUAAUAAGUUAUUUAUAAAAUAUUCAUUUAUGUCAAUAAUAAUCCUUCUAUUUCUAUUCAUUGACGUUAUUUUAGCGAUUGAUGGUCGAUUGGAUGCCCCGGAUAAUAUAAAUAAUUUCCAUUUAGUGGUAGAUUUUUCGUUAACGAUGAUUGUAUUAGGCUUGAUCGGAUGUGUUUAUGUUUUUUAUAGGGUUUAUAUGCAGUGGAUAUUAAGUAGAAAAAAAUUAGCCAUGAUUUAUAGAUUACCUUUCUAUACUGCGUGCACAGAUUUUUUAAUAAAUUGCAAUUUUUUUAUUAAUAUGUUACACACAGCUAUAUAUGCACAAGUAUGGAAUAAUAUGCCAUGUAAAAUAAUUGGCGCACUUAACUGGGCAUUUCUUACGAUAAACAUAUGCUUUUAUGCUGUAAUAGCGAUAAUAACCUAUCUUCGAAUUUGUCGCGAAAUACAUCUUAAUUAUGGCAAAUAUGAUUAUAAACUUUGGUUAAUUGUAAUUGCAGGAAGUAUGAUAAUUCAAUUAGUAAAUAUACAAAAUAAUGGUAAACGUGAUUAUUGGUGUGCUGCAAAAUCAGGACAAAUUAAUUCAGCAAUAAUAUUAUUUUCUACUAUAACGAUAGUAUUAUCGAUAAUCUUAUUUUGUUAUAUAAGUAUAUUAAGAAAAGUCCACAAAGCACCAGAAUUUUUGUCAUCAUCAUCAUCAAAUAGUCGAAGUAGUCGGAACGAAAAUACUGCAAAUGUUAGAGUUAUUGCAUUUGAACAUUAUUCUGAAGUUGAAAGAAAGGCUGCAAAAAAAAUUUUGAGUUAUAUAGCUAUGUUCAUUUUACAAUGGAUCCCUAUGUUAAUUUCUCAAGGUGCCAGAUUUGUUUUGAAUGAAGAACCUUGGGUCUAUGUUAUGGGGACUAUAGGACGUUCAUUUGGAGGGAUUGGCAAUUUAAUUCAAUUUAUACUGAAUGAAGGUUUUUUUCCAAAAUCUUAUGAUAUAAAUUAUGAUAAUGAAAAUAGUGGUAUAUCACUUGAGAACACGAAACCAAAAAUAAAUAGUAAAGAUGAUAAAAUUAUUAUAAUUAACGAAAAUAGCGAUUAAAAUCCGAUAUUGUAUAAUUAAUAAUUAAGUUUUUGUAAAUAUAUAAAUUAUAAUUUGUAUAACAGUAUUAUAAGUUAUGUAAUAAAUCAUAAAUCAACCGAUGU